GAGUGAGAAAAAAAAAGAUAAAGUAAUUAGUUUAUAUACUGUCUCUAUAAAUUCGACUAAAGCAUAAAUAAAAUAGAAACAGACAACAGUUGCUAACACAGACCACGAGUUGCUAAUCAAAAGGUUAAUGGAUUUGGGAUACAAUUAAUAUCUAGAGAGACAUCAAAAAUUCAUCAGCCAUGUCCAAAGAAGAUGUUGACAAAAGGGCAAGAGAAGCACAAAAUCAUAAUAGAGAAGAAGACCUGUCCAGAAGCUGCUCUUGUUUCGAAAUGCUGGAUCCUCACGAUCCAGUUAUAAGUCGCUUGGCUACUCAACUCUUUAAGAAGACCGAUGACUAUUGGCACGGGGAAAUUGUGGCCGGACAGGACUAUUAUACCCUAUUGGAACAAAUUAAUAGAUUAGCCACCACCAAACAUGCUGACGUACGAAGCUUGGCUAUCAAUCUUAGCAAGACUCUCAAUGAAUAUAAUGAAAUAUAUAGUGUUCUUAUCAAACCUUUACUACUUCAAAUCGAUCAAAUUGACGCCAAGGUUGAACUGUUAGAGGCGAAUGCUUAUCGUUUGGAUAGCUAUACAAAAAAAUUGAAAGCUCGAUUCAAGGAACUACAGGAUAAGUAAAGCUGUGUAUUAUUUAAAUACCAUUUUAAAAUACGUUGGUUAUACUGCAGUUUUUUUUUUAUUAAUAUUUGAAUGUCAUGAAAUUAAAUUUUAUUUUGAGUCGUAUUUUAAUGAAAUUAAAGUCAAUUAAGUUGACAUCAAUUAUUAUUGAAUUACUAAUUUUAAUAAAAUUAUGAUGUGUAAUACGUACUGAGAUGUUUUUAACAUAUUUUAUUUUAUAAACAUAAACUGAGCCUAGGCUUUACUAGGGACGAUUUACGUUGCAUUUGAAACGGGCUUUGCCGCCGGGUAUUUGUCAAUAGUUUUUUGCGGGUCGGGACUAGGCCCAAGCACGGUCUAAAUAUCGAUUCACAUUGAUACAGGGACGAAGCGAAUCGAGACGACCAUCUAAAAUUUUCCUCUAUCUUCAGAAGGUAAAAUUCAUAUAUGGAGAUAGAGGUCAACGAGGUCAUUAUUAUUAUUAUAAUGUGAGUAUUUAAAUUGUCAACUCAAUUCUGAAUCAGUGUGAAUCGAUCCUAAUGUGAAGUUACGCUUACUGUGUACUAAGGCGAAGUUCGAUGUAAUUUUAGAUGUGACUAUGUAAAUUAUAAUAUAAUACAUGAAUUUCUUAAUAAAUAAUUUAAUUGU